AUGUCUCACGAAGACAAAAAGAUCGAUGUCAAUGCCGAUGAGAAGAAGGGAUUAGGGGCCUCAGAAGCUACUCCACUCAUCAAGGAAAAGGAGGAACCACAACCUGUUGCGAUGAAGGAAUUAUACCGAUACGCAACCACAUUUGACAAAGUGUUGAUGGCUGUUGGAUUAGCAAUGUCUAUUAUUGCUGGUGCUGCAUUUCCACUUACAACUGUAGUAUUCGGAAACGUCGUAAACGCAUUCACCUCAUUCAUGACAAGAUGUCCAACCGAUCCUGGAGCUAUACGUUUUCCAGGCUGUAUAGUGUACACUGGUGACCAGUUGAUGGAAACUAUCGCUUACUACACACUCUACUUUGUCUAUCUUGCUAUCGCCGUCUUUUUCGCUACAUACAUAUACAUGGCUUCGUGGGUCUACACUGGAGAAAAGAUCACUCAUAGAGUCAGAGAACAAUACAUCAAAGCAGUUUUGAGACAAGAUUUGACUUAUUUUGAUUUCAGUGGAGCUGGUGAAGUCGCAACUCGUAUCUCAUCAGACACACUAUUGAUUCAAGACGGAAUAUCAGAAAAGGUUCCUCUCUUGUUUUCUCAACUGGGGACCUUCUUUUCAGCUUUCGUGAUUGCCUUCUUCAAAUCAUGGAAACUGACUCUUGUUCUGAUGUGUGUUAUUCCGUUGAUUGCCAUCACUGGUUUCGUCAUGAACUUGAUCAAUGGGGGUUUCCAAACUCAAAUCUUGAACCAAUAUUCGAAAGCUGGUACACUUGCUGAAGAGGCUUUGACGGCUGUGCGAAUCAUCUACAGUUUAAACGCUCAAACCAGGACUAGUUUUCGUUACAAUGAACGUCUUGGGGGAGCACGUAAUGCUGGUAUCAAAAAGUCCAUCGUCUUAGGUGUAGGAACAGGCUCUCUUUUUUUCUGGAUAUAUUGCAGUUACGCCUUAGCUUUCUGGUUUGGAUCUAGACUCUUAAACUGGGGUCUGACUGAUUCUGGAUCCAUCACUACCGUCUUCUUUGCUGUCUUGAUUGGUUCAUUCUCUCUUGGCCAGGUAGCACCAGAUCUCCAAGCUAUAUCAUUAGCAAGAUCAGCCGGUGGUAAAGUCUUUUACACAAUUGAUCGAGUACCCAAGAUUGAUCCAUAUGACAAGUCUGGAACUAAAUUGAGAGAUGUCAAAGGAAAGAUUGAACUCAAAAAUAUCAAGUUCAUCUAUCCAGCUCGUCCAGAAUUGACUGUGUUGGCUGAUUUCUCACUGAUGAUUGAACCUGGAACUACGGUUGCUCUUGUUGGUGCAUCUGGUUCUGGCAAAUCUACCAUCAUUCAGCUCAUCGAACGCUUCUACGACCCAAUUUCAGGAACAGUCUUCGUAGACGACAUCCCAAUGCCCUCCAUCAAUCUCUCUUCUCUCCGUCACUCGAUCGGAUACGUCCAACAAGAACCAGUCCUCUUUGAAGGAUCCAUCUUUCAAAACAUUGCUCAUGGUCUUAUUGGCUCCUCUAACGAGCAUGCAACAUUGGAGGAGAAACGAGAACUGGUCAAACAAGCUGCUAUUAAGGCUAAUGCUCAUGAUUUUAUUAUGAAGUUGCCUGGAAUGUAUGAUAAUCCGGUUGGUGAACGUGGACAGUUGCUUAGUGGUGGUCAGAAACAGCGUAUUUGUAUUGCUCGUGCCAUUGUCAAGAAUCCCAUGAUCUUGUUGUUAGAUGAGGCUACCAGUGCUCUUGAUACAAACUCUGAACGAGUAGUUCAAGACGCUUUGGAUCGUGCAGCUAUCGGAAGAACCACUGUCGUUAUUGCACACAGAUUAUCAACCAUUCGUAACGCUCACAAAAUCGUCGUCAUGGCACGUGGAGAAAUCGUCGAAACAGGAACUCACGAUUCUCUCCUCUCCAUUGAAAACGGUGCCUACGUUCGAUUAGUCGAAGCCCAACAACUAGCUGCUGAAGAAGCCAAGAAGAAAGAAGCUGCCUUACCCAAGAAAGAUCCAUCUGAAGAAGAUCCAGAUUAUAUACCACCAAUGGUAUCACACCUAAGUCUCAGUCGCAAGAAUUCUAGUGUCAAGUCUUCAUUGCAUAAGAUUGGCGAUGAUGAAAAGGGCGCUGGAGACGAUGGUAUGACUACAGGUGCUGUCAUUGCUGAGAUUUAUAACAUCAACAAGCCUGAGCUCAAGUAUACAAUUCCUGGUCUGAUCGCUGCCAUCGUAGCUGGUUGCGUAUCGCCUGCUUUUGCUGUCAUCUUCGCCAAGAUUCUUGGAGUUUUUACAGAAACUGGCGAUGCCCUAUUGAAUGAUUCCAACUUCUGGAGUGGAAUGUUUGUCGUGAUUGCCGUCGUUGCUGCAGUUUCAAACGUAUUGCAAAGCACAAUGUUUGGGUUGGCGGCUGAAUUGCUGACUGAACGUAUUCGAUGUCUUACAUUCAAGGCCAUUAUGCGUCAAGAUGUCGCCUUCUUUGAUGAUGAACGGCAUGCAACUGGUAUCCUCACUUCAAACUUGAAUCUCGAUGCCCAAGCUGUACAAGGUGCUUCAGGUGUUACUCUUGGUACUAUCUUCCAAGUUGUUGGAACGCUUACUGGUGGAACGGUCAUCGCUUUAAUCUACUCAUGGAAACUAGCACUUGUCGCACUCGUCUCGCUUCCACUCCUCAUCCUAGCAGGAGCCUUCCGUAUUCAAGUCUUGACCUACUUCUCUGAAAAGGCCAAACGUUCUUACGAACGCUCUGCUCAACUAGCUUGUGAAGCAGUAGCAGCCAUCCGAACCGUACAAUCUCUAACACGAGAAAACGACGUCCAUGACAUUUAUCUCAAAAUGCUGGAGGGCCCUUUGAAAGAUGGAGUCAAGAACGCCUACUUGAAUACUUUACUGUAUGCGCUAUCUCAGAGUGUCAAUUUUGCUGCUAAUGCAUUGGUGUUUUGGUAUGGUGGUCGUUUGAUUGCCUAUGAAGGGUUGUCACUUUCGAGCAUGUUUACAGUAUUUAUGGCUAUUAUCUUUGGAUCUACCUCAGCUGGAAGAGUCUUUGCUACUACUCCUGAUUUGAAUCGUGCCAAGUCUUCUGGAGAAGCUAUUAUCAAGCUCUUGCGUCAAAUGCCGUUUAUUGAUUCCGAGUCUCUCAAGGGAGAUAAACCCGAAUCAAUACAAGGACGAGUGGAAUUCCGUAAGGUCCAUUUCAAAUACCCAACUAGACCAAAUGUACCUGUGUUACGAGGAUUGAACUUGAAGAUCGAUCCAGGUCAAUUUGUGGCUCUUGUUGGUGCAUCUGGUUGUGGUAAAUCUACCACCAUCGGCCUCUUGGAACGCUUCUAUGACCCUUCAUCUGGAGAAGUCUUGAUCGAUGGCAAGAAUCUCAAGGACUUGAAUGUUGCUCAUUAUCGUUCAUUCGUGGGUCUUGUUAGUCAAGAACCAAUGCUGUUUGAUAUGACUGUCAAGGAAAACAUUAUUUAUGGCCUAAGCUCUGUACCGACUCAAGAACAAGUUGAAGCUGCUGCAAAAGCUGCCAACAUACAUGAUUUCAUCAUGAGUCUUCCAAACACAUACAACACAAGUGUUGGUUCAAAAGGAUCUCAAUUGUCUGGUGGACAGAAGCAGCGUAUUGCCAUUGCAAGAGCCCUAAUCCGUCAACCAAAGAUCCUUCUACUAGACGAAGCUACUAGUGCUUUGGACGCAGAAUCAGAAAAGGUUGUUCAAACAGCCCUAGACAAUGCCGCAAAAGGUCGAACAACAAUCUCAAUUGCACACAGACUAUCAACCAUCCAAAACGCCGACGUGAUUUACGUCUUCAAAGAUGGUGUCGUUGCAGAAUCCGGCAGCCAUCAAGAGCUACUACAACUAAAAGGUCUUUAUCACGAGCUCGCUAUUCAACAGAACCUCGAUUCGGAUCAUCCCACGCGACUUCCUGUGUUGGAGCAUUAUUCUUGGUGUUUAAGGGGUAAAACUCAGCAGGUCCAGUUCUCAAAGCUCGUUUGUUUGAAGGGCUUUCAGCUGUCGGGUGGACAGAAGCAAUGCAUUGCUAUUGCAAGAGCGCUAAUCCGUCAACUAUGGAUCUUAUUACUGGACGAAGCUACUAGACAAUUGAUUGGAUCAUCGACAACGGCAGUCGCAACUGCCAAACUAUUGACCAAAAUAGUCCAAGGAGGACGAUGGAGUUCAGCUGAAUCGCUUAUAAAUAUCCUGCGAGAACAUGGAGACAGAAUACAGAAAGCUGCUCCAAUGGAAUUCGCAGUUGGCAACAUUGUCAGGAGACUGAUAUUCGUCAUCCGAGAAGAAGAAGAAAACUUUUUGAGUGAAGGUGAUGGAGCUCUGGAUCAUAGUGAAUUCAAGGGCAGCAUUCUGGAGGCAAUCAAGGAAUUGCUAGAUGAAAUAAUGAGCUCAAAGAACGUCGCAGAACAAGCUUUAGAGCAUAUACAUUCGGGUGAAAUAAUAAUGACUGUCGGCCAUUCAGCCACAGUAGAGAGAUUUCUAAAGGAAGCUGGACGUGUACGCAAGUUUCAAGUUAUUGUAGCCGAGUCAGCUCCAUCGUAUAAGGGCCAAAGGAUGGCGCUAGCAUUAUCACAAGUGGGCAUAGAUACCACUCUGAUAACAGAUUCGGCUGUGUUUGCUUUGAUGCCACGAGUCAACAAGGUCAUCAUUGGUGCUCAUGCCGUCAUGUCGAAUGGUGGCCUGGUUGCCAUAUCAGGGACAGGAGCGGUGGCUGCUGCUGCAAGACAUUACGCCAAACCUGUCGUAGUCUGUACAGGUCUAUACAAGUUGAGCUACCAAUAUCCUUUUGAUCCAGAGUCUUAUUCGAUCUUGGCUGCUCCCGAUUCGGUGCAUAGUUUCCAAGAAGGCGACAUCGUCGAUAAGGUUGAUGUGCUGAAUCCAGUUUUCGAAUACGUCAAGCCGGAUCUGAUUAGCUUAUUUGUUACCAAUAUUGGGCCGCAUCCUCCAAACUACAUGUAUAUAUUAGUUGCAGAACAAUAUGGAACCGAUGCCUAG